AUGAACCAAGCGCACUGCAGCGCUGGUGUGGCUGGGCACCGGCGCCUACGCGCUUUGGCUCUUCCUGGUGGACACGCACGAGACCGCUCGCCUGUCUACUUCCUGGACUUUGCGCUCCUCUACGCGCUGUCCCUGGGCCUGGCCACCGUGUCCUAUGCACUCAUAGCACGCGUCCUCUUCGCGGGGCCGCUGCCUCCUGGUGACUGGGGACGAUCGGGCUCUGUGCACCAGGGCGGCCCCGCUGGCCAAGGGCGCUUCUCCUCCCGCGGCAGGAGGGGUGACCUCAACUCCCGAAAGCAGCAAACUCACAGAGGAGAGAAACCAAAUGAAUGUGGGAAAACCUUCUGUCAUUCAGCCCUCAAUGUGCAUCAGAGAUCUCACACAGGAGAGAAACCCUAUGAAUGCAGUCAGUGUGGAAAAAAUUUGUGUACUAAAGCAGCCCUCACGGCAUAUUAGAUAACUCAUAGAGGAGAGAAACCUUACCUAUGUAACAAAUGUGGGAAAUUUUUCUGCCAUAAGUCAACACUCACUAUACAUCACAGAACUCACACUAGAGAGAAACGCAGUAGACCAUAUGAAUGUAGCGAGUACGGGAGAAGCUACUGCCGGAAGUCGGCCCUCACUCGCCAUCAGAGGACACACACAGGAGAGAGACCCUAUGAGUGUAAUGAAUGUGGGAAAACCUUCCACCAGAAGUUCUCCCUUGUUCAACACCAGCGAACUCACACUGGGUAGAAGCCAUAUGAAUGUGCUGAACGUGGGAAAUCCUGCCAUAAGUCAGCCUUCAGAGUACAUCGGAGAAUUCAUAUGGGAGAGAAACCCUAGGAAUGUAACAAGUGUGGGGAAGCCUACCAUCGGCUAGGUGGUAAUAAGGGGACUAACCGUGGUAUUCCAUCCUCCUGGUUCCACAACCUGCCUGCAUGA